AUGGCCACCGCAACCAUCACACGACUUUCACCCACGAUGCCGUCCCAAGGCAGUUACGAUUACUUGUAUCAGGCCAAUGUUGGCCUUCAGAACCUUCACUCAGUAUGGGCACAUGGUCCCCGCGCAGCAGCGAAAGAGAAUGGUCCGACCUUGAAACGUGCGAAGACAUCGACUUCAUUUUACGACACCUCAAGUCCUUCUGCGGUGGAUUUCCUUGCAAUCGGGCUGGAGUAUCGACUCGCUUGCGCCCUCGGGAGGAAGACAGUUCAACUACGAGAUCGAUGCGCUGACAGUCCUGCGGCGCGCUUAUCUGUAUGCUCGAACCUCUCUACGUCCGGGACGAAUGAGCCACCAGGAGAGCGCCCGGUACUGGAGGACUGGACCAGUGACUAUGUCUUCGAUGACAACGUUGAUCCCUUUGCUGUUGCUGAGGUUGAGAGAACGACUGCCCUCAACCCACAUGGCACAGCCGAAAGCGAGACAAGCCGCUCCGUAGGGACCCUUAUACCCGAAAGGCCAUCUCUCGUUGCCCUUCAGCCCUCAUGCAUUGAGGACACGCGGCCUACGCCAUGCGAUACGCCUGCUGGAGUCAAGGCGACCACAUUUCUGAAGGUCCACGCUCCUAAGGCGAUCCGCCCCACGCAUCAGUUCCAUCCCGAUCAGUUCCAUCCCGAUUUAUCAGGCCGUUCAUGGCGAGCACCGGGCCCAUCGCCACUUGCUCGCUCCUUUAGUGCGAACGCUUCUGCAACUGAUGCAAGAGAUCAACGCCACAAAGAUGAGGACGAAGGAGAUUUCGCUCGCUCCUUCAACCGCCACCAUCGUUUACCCCCACGCCUCAGAAUUUGGCCUCUGCCUCGCAGCUUGGGUCGCAAGGAUGGCAGCGCUCGCAUUCCCACGCCUCUCCUCCGAGAGCUGCAAAGGAGCCACUUUUUGAGCCAGGUCUGUUUCCUCGACGUCGAAGCUCCCGAGUUGGACUUCGUCGACGAGCGCAGUAUGGAAUGGCUCCUGGACAUACAAGCGGACUUGCUGAGCGGACGGAUCACGAUCCCGGGAGUAUCGCGGUUCGCCUUGGCGGAGCCUCCCAGGCUCGGGACGUCUCAUAGAUGUCUUAAGUGGGUCCAGGGAUCCACCUUCCCCCGUCGCGUCAAGGACUACGGAAAGGCUGCUGAUGACAUGCUCGCCCGACGGCGGGCAAAGAAUGGCGCAUUGAUAGCGUGAGGGAGGUGCUGGAGGUACGCGUGGUUGCCAUGUUCAUGUUCCAUUCACGAACCAGUGCCUGCCGCUGUAAUGGCCUGGGUACAACGUCUCGCUAAGUCGUUGAUUUCUGCAUUCGCGAUCGUGUAUCACGACCCAUUAUGCACUGUUGGAUUUUGUACGACACUACACUUACAUCUUUCCUCCCCCUCCCUUUCGGUCGCAACGCUGUAUCUGUAGAUAAUGUAUUUGUAUAUCGGUUCUGUGAUCGUCGUCCAAUCGUGACGCUCUCUUCGGUAUUGAUGUUGCUACUCUACGUUAGCUCUCCUGUGCUUUGUUCUUCGCAUCUAACCACGAUCUUAUGAAAGUGAGAGAAGGC